AUGGCCGACCCCUCAAAGCUGGCUGUGCCAGCUGGCGCCAUCGUCAUCGCCUUUGGCAUGGCCUAUCUGGCCGGUGUCAGUUGGAUGGUUGUGGCCGGGGCACUGCUAGUGAUUGUCGCUGUUCCCGUCGGGGCCUAUCAGUGGCAGAUUUACACCCGAAACCGAAGCCGCAUCACCCGAGCCACCUACACCACCUCCGCCAACAACCACGGAGGCGCUGCCGCGGCACGGCCCCGGACCGUGGCGGGAGCGCUCCCUGGCGGCGUCACUCUCAAUGUUGCCGCCUUACCUCGAGCCCUCAUCUACUCGACUCACCCUGGCCAUGUGAUGUUGCGCCUGACCUGGUGGUGGAUUAGACCAACUUUGAAUCAUCGCCGCCGACCGCGCUCGGCGGGUCGUACUCAAACGGCGGGCCCUGCCCAUGAUCUAGGGGCCGUGGAUGCCCGAUCGGCCCCAUUGGCCAGCACCCCGGCCCGGGGCCCCCAAAUCCCCUUUGACUUGCAAGAAUCUGUCAUACUCCCUGCUUCCCUCAACCCGACGCCCGCGCUUGGACGAAACUCAAACUCGCGCCCGGCCCUCUCGCGCACCAACAUGCUCGCUGACCUUAUGGGCGGGCAGCGAGAGCCUGCUGCCCCCCUCACCCCGGGCAUCGCCGGCAACACAGAGCCACAGCGGGCGACCGAGGAUGCGGCAACCUGGCGCUCCAAGCGACCCGGUGCAGCUGAUGACAGCCCCAGCGCCCCAGUCCGAGCCAGUAAGCUGCCUCGUGCCACUGAAGCAAGCUCGCACAAGCGCCGGGCUAACCGAAAUGAGGAUUCCAUCACGGACAGCUCGCCUGGUAUUCCCGAGGAUAAGCGUCACAAGGCGGCGCGUGCCUCAGUUGCCCUGGAAGCCAUGGAUGACGAAUUGGACGGUGGUCAACGAGGACCUUCCAACGGCGGUACUGCCAAGCGUGCAGCAUUGGAAACAGAUUCACACAUGCAAGAACGUAUUGCCCAGAUGACUCGCGAACUUGCGACUCAGCGCCGUGACUUUGAGAGUCUUUCCAAGCGUGUACAAUCCGAGUCCGACGAGGCUCGGCAGAUGGCCCAACGCUACGAGGCAGACCGCACUAAGCUCUUGGAGCAGCUCGAAGAGGCCAAGCGCCAAGCCAGCAAGAAGAGCAAGCCAAGCACUGUUGAUACUGCUCACAGCCAUGGACCCUCUCCCUUCGCGGCUUUGGAAAAGUUGCAAGCCCGGGCUACUCAGUUCCAGCGCGAUGUCAAAGCUGGUACCCUUGCGCCUGACUCCGCAAGCAAACUGCUAUCUGAGCUCAGGGAACAACAGAAGCAGCAAGCCGGGGCUUUGAGGCUUAAUGCAGGCGACAAGGAUGGACUGAAAGAAAAGGAUCAACAACGUGCUCUUACUCUGGCUAAUGAAGUUGGACGACUUUUGGAUGAAGUUGCCAAGAGUGUGACCACUGCGCCCAAGAACGGACCCGCAAGCACGACGCCUCGACGCCGUCCCCUGCGCUCACACCUGACUGUCCAGGUGGCAGCUCGAUCAAACUCGUUUCUUGAGGCCCAGCGCCAAGCAGUCUCCCGCGAACCAAGCAACGCCGAACGUAGCCACAGCAUCAGCGUUGAGGCACGGCGGAAUCAGGCGGCUUUGCAAAAGCCCAGCCAAGAAUUGCUGGACAAGGUUGCCGCAACAAUGCCGCCCGCCAAGAAGGCAACGCCGAGUGAGACCAAGGAAACAGCAAGCCCAACUGUCCAGCCUGUGUCAGCCGUCAUCUCGUCCGCGCCAUCCACAACAAGCACGAAGCCGUCACCACUCUCAGCAUCCUCCUCUGCCCCUUCCAACGCCGCGGCUACAGAUAAGAAAGCCUCUAGCGAAAAGCCAGCCACCGGCAGCCCCUUUCAACUGUCAGGUGCCAGCAGCGGUGAUGGCUUCAAGCUUGGCGAUACAAAAGCUGCAUCAUCGCCAGCCAGUGGCUUCCAACUGCCAGCCUCUACCAAACCCGCAAAGCCUGAAGAUGGAUCCGCCACAGCUUCAGCUGCAGCCUCCGGAGGCACCAAGGCGGAUGCCAGCGCAGCUGAGCCCGCCAAGGGCUUUAGUUUCGGCAAGUCGGCUGACGGUGGAAACGCAGCAUCGCCCUCGGGAUUUCAACUCAAACCCGCGAGUGGAUCUGAAGCACCCUCAAAAUCGGGAGCUGGGUUUGGUGGUUUGCAACUGGGCAAGCCGACUGCUACAACCCAACCUCCAAGCAGCACCGCGUCAAGUGCAGCGCCAGCAGGUUUCAAGGUCGGACCUGCCAGUGAAAGCAGCCCCAGUUCUAAUCUUUCUUUUGGUGGCAAGCCUGCGGCACCAACCUCGAGUGCCCCGGCGACAACCAGUGCUCCGUCUACAGGCUUCAAGUUUGGGGCCGGUACCUCAGCUGCCAAACCCGCCGCGCCGUCUGGCUCAGCUGGGAGCACGCCAUUUGGACAGACGUCUGCUCCAUCAACCAACGCGGCAAAACCAACCACCGCACCGUCUGCUCCCGCAUCCACAGCCGCGCCAAGCAGUGGUGGCGGUUUUGUUUUUGGAGCCAGUCCUUCAGCCACAGCUGGUGCGCAGAAGCCUCCUGCCCCAGCCCCCGGCCUCAAUCAAGCCGCUGGCGGUGGAAUCUCGUUUGGGGCCACACCUGCAGCCGGUGGGGGUGAACAAGCCAAACCCGCCUCUCCCUUUGGUGCUGCACCCAAGGCAGGGGCCAACGCCUCGCCGUUUGGUCAGCCUGCUGGUGGAACAACCACGAGUGGUGCCGCUGUUACUACUACAAAGUCUUCGCCCUUUGGCCAGCCUGCAGGUGGCACGGGCACGCCCGCGGCCUCUUCGCCCUUUGGUCAACCAGCAGGUGGGAUAAAGCCAGCUGGAAACCCGUCCACAACAGCUUCCCCCUUUGGUGCUCAGCCGGCUGGCCAGGGUGCUCCAGCUUUCGGCGGAGGCACCCAAGCGAGUGCGUCUCCGAGCAUGGGUGGCAUGGGUGGCAGUGCGCCUGGCCAAAGUGGGGGUUUCUCCUUUGGUAAGCCGGGUAGCGGGCCAACAAAUGCCACCCAGGGCUCUUCUGGUAGCUCGCCAUUCGGUCAGCCACCAGCGGCAACGAGUGGAGCGUCACCCUUUGGCCAAGCUGCUCCGGCGAGUACUGCGCCCACGAGCACGAGCGGAACCUCACAAAACGGGUUUGCUUUUGGUGCAAGUUCGGCACCCAAGCCUAGUGCAUCACCCUUUGGCGGCAACCCAGCGGUCCCGAGUACCAAUGGGCCUACGGGUGGAGGGGGCUUCAACUUUUCGGCCAAGCCCGGAGCUGCCCCUGGGGCUGCUGGCAGCCCCUUUGGUGGGGGUGCUGGCGGUGGGGCCAAGCCCUUUGGUGGAGCUUCCUCGGGCAAUGGACAGUCUGCUCAGGGUUUUGGAGCCGGUGCAAGUGCCUCGGGGUUUGGAAACGGCGCGACAUCUGGAAGCAGCCCUUUUGGAGGCGCCGCGGCAAAACCUGGUGCUCCAGGGGGUUUUGCAGGGGCAUCCACAGGUGCGUCACCUUUCGGUGCGAAACCAGCGGGUGGCUUUGGGAGCGGCAGCCCUGCGCCAACUGGUGGAUUUGGAAGUGGCACUGGCACGCCAGGUGGAUUUGGUGGUUCCAAGCCAGCCGGCGGGUUUGGUAGUGGCAGCCCUGCACCAACUGGUGGAUUUGGAAGUGGCGCUGGCACGCCAGGUGCAUUUGGGGGUGCUGGUUCCAAGCCAGCCGGUGGCUUUGGUAGUGGCAGCCCUGCACCAACCAGCGGCUUUGGGAGCGGUGCUGGCGCACCAGGUGGCUUUGGUGCGGGCACGGGCGGUGGUUUCGGCAGCGGCACGGGCACUGGCAACACAGCCGGUGGCUUUGGGAGUGGUUCGGGUACGCCCACUGGUGGCUUUGGUGCGGGUACGGGUGCGGGGGGCUUUGGAAGCGGUCCAGGCACUCCUUCUGGCGGUUUUGGGGCGGGUGCACCCGCAUUUGGCACAGGUGGGCCUGCACCACCCAACGCAGCCGUCUUCAGUGCUGGACGUUCAUCCAGCGCCCCGCGGCGCAGGUCGCGCGGUCGCAAGUAG